GCAACCAGUGGAAAAUCGCCGACUUGGUGGUGACUACGGCUCGCUUCGCUACGCCAUGCUUACCUUACCUGUCAGGAAUUGUACACAGCAUUAUUAAACUCUCAGACUGAAAUCCCAAAAACACCCCCACUCCACCCUUCUCCAGCAGAAGCGUGUUCACCCUCUCCGACCGACCCACAGGCCAACACCACCACCCACCCAGCCAGAACCAGAAGCAGAAGUAGAAGAAAAUCCUAGACGUGAAAGAACUUGCCCCCCUUCUCUUCCUCCUCGCUUUACCCCCUUCUUCUUUCCUCGCGCUCUCGCCCCCGGUCCAAUCACACCAUCGUCUCCCGCAAAAAAACAAAAUCGAACCCAACUCCUCUCUCCCGAAAUCCUUCAAACCCUCCGCGUGUCGCUCUGCAAUUCCCGAAUGUCUCUAACCCUUCCUUCGCCGGAACCCUGACCCCUCUACUCCGCCGCCGCCGGUUGCGCCUUAUGUUCUUUCGUCCGGAAUCCGCCCCCCAAUUGGAUUCCUCCCCCUACUCCUCCUCUCUCAAUUUUAGGUCACCACGCUCAAUUCUGCGAUCGACUUGAACGCCUAUGGCUCCGGGGCGUAAAAGGGGAGCGAAUAAGGCUAAGGCCAAGAGUCAGCUCAGUUUGGGCGAUCUUGUUCUCGCUAAAGUUAAGGGCUUCCCUGCUUGGCCUGCCCAGAUAUGUCGGCCUGAGGACUGGGAGAAGACACCGGACCCGAAGAAACAUUUUGUUUUCUUCUUUGGAACUCAAGAAAUAGCUUUUGUUGCGCCUCCUGAUAUCCAAGUACUCACAAGUGAAUUAAAGACCAAGUUAUCUUCCAAGUGUCAAGGUAAGAGCAAACGCUUUAAAGAAGCAGUACAGGAAAUUUGCGCAGAAUUUGAGAAGUCACAAAAUAAAAAGGUAAAUGCUCGAGGUGAGACACCCGUUGCUGAUGGAAUGGGAGAUGGCGGAGAGACCGACUUGAAUGAUGGUGUUGCUAGAUCAAAUGGAGAAGCAUCAGAAGAUGCAGGGGAUUCCAGAUCCAAAGGAGAUUAUUGUUCUGGAAGAGAAAGUGAAGCUGACUCUGAAGAUACAGAGCCAUCUGUGUCUUGUGGUACUGGUGACAGUCCUGCCGAGGCUAUGUCAUCUGACAAGAUGUCUGGUGAUGAGCAGGCGCAGGAGGUGGCAUCUGGUCCUAUGGUAACCACAGAUGGGAAAGAUGAGACCUCUAUUUCUGCAGGAGUAAACGUUGGUGACACACAGGAAGCGGACAUUGCAUCAAAUGUGCAGGAAAAUGGUAGUAAGUCUCAGAUUGGCACUGGCCGAGUUAGGAGAAUAGAUGAUGCGAUGAAAGGUCAUAGAGAUAGGAGCUCCAAUUUGUUGGAAACGCAAGAUGGGAAACCUGGUAAACUGUCUGAUAUUGGGAAGGAAUUGAAAGACAAAGUGAAGGGAAAACCUUCUUCUAGAAUUGACGGUAACCCUAUGGGAUCUGGUAAUGGGAAGAAAAGAAAAGAAAUGCAGAAAGCUAAAGCAAAUUCAAAGGCGCCUGAUGACAUUCGUGAAAACAUGGGUGAUAGACAGAAAAGUUCCAAAUCUGGAACUGAGAAAUCCGAGGUUGAUGCCACAGAUGCUUCUCGUCCAUCUAAAAGACUGAAGCGUGAAGAUGUGGGAUCCCUGGAAGAUUCUAUGAACUCUGAAGCUGUUGGUGGCAGUUCGAGCAAAUCAUUGUAUGAGCAAAGGGAAGUUCUUCUGGGUCUAGCAUCACAUGCAAUUAAAGUUAACGGUGAUGCUUCUGCUCGGACAGGUAAAGCUAACUUUGAUGCAUCAGUUGCAUCAGGUAAAGGCAAAUUGGACACAUCACCGCGGAAGGCUGGGUUGAAAUCUUUAGCAUCUGCACAAACCAAUAAGGUGAAAUCUUAUGAAUCUCGACAGAUGGAUAAAGUUAAAUCCAGUUCAUCUACCCAUAUUGGUAAGGUUAAGUCUGAUUCCUCCUCCCAAGUGAGAAAAGUAAAGCCCAGUCCAAUUGGUGAUAGGGGUAAAGGAAAAGCAGAUAUUAGUCAAAGGAGUAAUGUGCACGAUAAUUCUGGUGAUGAGGAUGUGUUACCAGUAUCGAAACGUCGGCGGCGAGCGCAAGAGGCAAUGAAUGAUUCGGUUCAAAAUUCAAAAGAUAGAGCCAAAAGAAGCGCGGACCCGAAGAAUGACUUGUCGUAUAGCAAUGCUAGAGUUCAUGCCAACCCGAAUUUGAAAAGGCGAAGAGCCGUGUGCCUCUAUGAUGAGGAAGAAGAGGACGAAGAUCCUAAAACUCCUGUUCAUGGUGUGGCUGCCAAAAGUGUUAAACCUCCAUCAGCUGUCCCUGGUGAUAUCAAGCAUAGGGACGUAGAGAGUGGUGGUUCUCGUAGGCAACAAGAUGGACGUGCUGUUAACUCCCAGUCAAAUGUGACGGAGUCUACCAGACAUCAUGAUGUGUCGAAGGAGGCAUCUUCAGACUUGCAAAAGAAUCGCCUUUCUCCUGGUGGGCUGAUAACAGUGAAGACGCCCAGGGCUCCUGAUUCACAGAGUCCACGAGAAGUUGGAGAACAGGUUGUGGCCAAGGAGGUAAGCACUGCUUUGACUUCUCCUAAGAACUCUCCUCGGCUACUUGAACCACCUAAAAGAGUGAUGGAACAAGAUAAAACCAGCAAGGUUUCUCAAAAAACUUCUGGUGCCCAAAAGAUGCUUCAUGCUGACGAAGAGCAGGCAAUGUCCAAGGAGUUUAGCACCACUCCGACUUCUCCUAAGAACUCUCCUCAGCCACUUGCUCCUCCCAAAACAGUGGUGGGACAGCAUAAGACCAGCAAGGCUUCUGUGAAAAUCCCUUCUGGUGCCCAGAAGAAGCCCCAGGCUGACAAGGAGCAGGUAGUGGCAAAGGAGGUAAACACUGUUCUGACUUCUCCUAAGAACUCUUCUGUGUCACUUGGCCCACUCAAAACAAGGGUAGACCAGCAUAAAACCAGUAAGGCUUCCGUAAAAACAGCUUCUGAUUCUCAAAAGAAGCCCCAGGUUGUUUCUGCUAAGUCAUCAGGCAUGGUCCCAGAUGGUGCAAAAGCUUCCCAGAAUCAUGUGGCUGUUCAAAGAAAUAAGCAAGCUCUUUCUGUAGAGAGACCUAAAAGUACUCCAAAAGUCCCAUCACGCAUGGGUGAUCAUGCCAUUUUGCUGGAAACUUCAAUGGAAGUCAGAGCUGCUGCAGAUGAGAGUAGCAUUUCAUUGGCUGAUUCUGAUGCAUCAGAUUCUGCCAUAUCUAUGAAGAACCUCAUUGCUGCCGCUCAAGCAAAAAGAAAAGAAGCUCAUACCCAACAUUUUUCUCUUGGGAACUCCAGUUAUACCCUUCUGUCCAUUAAUGAUGCUCAUGGAUGGAGCCUUAGUCCGCCGUUUAUCCAACCUUUACCAUCUGGCAUGUCCAAUGGGGCACAGGGUGAUGCAUCAGAGUUUCAUCCUCGCCCAAGUGCACCUUCUCCAUCUACACAAAAUCAUCCUUCAGGGCCUGAGACUCGAACAGAAAAUGACGAGGAUGAGGAUCGAAGGGUCAGUUCUGGACAUAGGGCUCCUGGAGGCUCACUAAGUGGUGGGACAGAGGCUGCUGUUGCACGUGAUGCUUUUGAAGGGAUGAUAGAGACUUUGUCGAGGACAAAAGAAAGUAUAGGACGUGCAACCCGUCUUGCCAUAGACUGUGCCAAAUAUGGAAUUUCCAACGAGGUUGUGGAACUUUUAAUCAGAAAGCUAGAAAGUGAACCCAGUUCCCAUAGAAAAGUAGACUUAUUCUUUCUUGUGGAUUCAAUUACCCAGUGUUCUUCUCAUCAAAAAGGAAUUGCUGGAGCUUCAUACGUACCGACAGUUCAGGCAGCGUUACCACGUCUUUUGAGUGCUGCUGCUCCACCUGGAGCUGGCGCACGGGAAAAUCGCCGGCAAUGUCUCAAGGUGCUGAAACUAUGGCUUCACCGGAAAAUCUUUCCAGAAUCUGCUUUGAAGCGUUUUAUGGAUGAAAUUGGGGGUUCAAAUGAUGAAAUCUCUGGUGGUUUGUCUCUUAGACGUCCAUCCCGCUGUGAGAGGGCUUUAAAUGAUCCUAUCAGAGAGAUGGAAGGGAUGCUUGUGGAUGAGUAUGGGAGUAAUGCUACAUUUCAGUUACCUGGUUUGUUAUCUGGGAACUUAUUUGAAGAAGAAGAUGAUGAAGAUAUAGUAUUGGAGCUGCCUAAGAAAGUGGGCGACAUGCCCGUGGUGGGAGAACCUGAUCGCACCAUCUUUGGAGAGUCGGAAGCAUAUACUGCUACUCCCACUGACAGACGUCAUUGCAUCUUGGAGGAUGUUGAUGGUGAACUUGAAAUGGAAGAUGUAUCUGGUCAUCAUAUCAAGGAUGAAGGACCUGAAAUGGAUAUAGAAGAAGACCAUUACUCCGAUAGGGUGGUGGUCAAACCGGCAUCAAACAGUCCUGCUGACUCACCCCCUCUUCCAGAUGGUUCACCACCGCUCCCUCCUGGUUCUCCUCCUCAGCUUCCACCUUUACCACCCUCUCCACCGCCUCCGCUGCCUCCUCCGCCACCAAGCUCUCCUUCUGAGCCUCCACCCCCUCCUCCACCUCCACUUCCUCUUCCGCCUCCGCCUCCACCACCACCUUUUCAUCCAUCACAGCUCCCUCCUGGACCACCCUCAGCUCCUCAGCCACCUUUGCUACAUCAGCAUUUAUUGCCAGCUCAACCCCUACAUCCUCAGCCCUUAAUAUCAACACAACCUUCUAUACAGUCACCACAAUUGGCUUAUCAGCAGCCUGCAGCUCAUGAAUACUGCAGUACAUCCAGUGGAAAUAAAACAGGUCAAAUGGCUGGAACUGCUCCUCAUGCGAAGAAUAUGGAUCAUGUGAUGAAAAGUCAGCAGUCACCUCGUUUUGCUCAUUCAGCCGUUUGCAACUCUCGAGAAACUUCAGGAUUCAGUUCUUCUAGACAUCUGGAAUAUAGUCAUAAUGAUCUGUACUUAAAUCCGCAAGCAUCCCAACACAAUCCUCAAUUCCAGCCGGGCAACACUUCGUUUGUGCCUAGACCUAUGAAUCCAAGCCUCCCGCAAACGGCACCGGGCCAUUUUCCAUUUUCAAAGCCAGUGAUUCAACAACACCACCAGCAACCCUAUACCCAUCCUUAUCCUGUGCCAUCCCAUCCUGAGGGGCAUAGGAGAUUUGUUGGUGAUGAUCAAUGGAGGAUGCCCUUGAAUGAAUUUAAUGCUAAUAAUCAACAUGGUGGAUGGAUGGGUGGAAGAACUCCAUCGCAUGGAGGGCAUGCAAUUGGCCAAGAAGGCUUCUUCCGGGGACCAGUUGAGAGGCCACCAGUGAAUGCUGUUGGUGUUCAGUUCCCUGCAAGUAACAAUUUACCACCUGCACCUCCAAUUCCAGGUCAUGGUGUUUCUCCGAUGAGGCCAUGUAGACCAGACAUGUCUGCCGUUAAUUGCUGGAGGCCAGGUUAAGGAUACGAGUAUGAAGCUUCCAUCCAUGCCUAGGUUGGUGCCAAUUUUGUGGGGAUUAAGUGAUGAUUUUUCUUAGAGCUGCGGAGCAACAGAAAGAAGCAGUCACUGUGAGCACAUACUCGAGCAUUUGAUAACACUGGACAGAAUAUCACUACUACAGGAAGUUGAGCAUUUAGAUCUUGUGGAGAAUUUGGCAGGACGCUGUAUAUUGUAUUUUUCCCUGACAAAUGUAUCGCGGGAACUUUUGCUUCCAAGUGUAGGCCCAUAUUUCUGACUUGUUUCUGGUAAUGCAGAUUUUGGGUAAGCACAAGAGGCCCGGAAUCGGCCCCAGUCGGGAGCUAUCUCCGAGAUAGCGGGGCAGAUCAAAUGGAGUUGAGAUUUCUGAUAGCCAGGAAAUGCAAAGGUAAACACUUUCGGUAGAUUUCUGAACUUGAGACGAAAGCCUCGGUGUCGCGAUUAUUUAAAUGUUGACUGGAUGAGAGUAUGAGACCUAUCUUCCGGCUGAGGAUCUUGGCCUCAGGUUAUGGAAUGAAUCUACGAGAUCAGAGUUAGAGUUGCUUCCUCUGCAAACACAUUGUUAUCACCAGUUGAUGCGCCUGCAAAUACAUCCGAGAUUACAGUCCACAUCACGACUUCAGCAUAUCAGAGAGAUUAGUAUCAAGUAAAGGAAUGAUAAAUUAUAUAAAGAUUACAUGUAACUCGAACCAUUCUCUCCUCUGUUCAUAUCCAAUAAUAAGACCCUAAACAUGAUCCUAUGACACGUUAUUACAGUUGCGAAUUUUGCUUUCUUUUCCCUAUUUUGAUAAUCUAGCUAUAUGUUCAGAGUUCAAAUAUCUCGAUACAAUUCAAUCCCAUUGCUCGCCAGCUAGGCGUGGCUCUCUCCUCAAAAAGUGGAUAAUUUUCCACACUGUGGAUCCGUUUCUCCAGCAAAUAACAUCAAAAGUAGUAGUAGCAUGUAUAUAAUGGCUAACCCUAGUCAACAGCUGCUUUGUUUCUCCACCCACUCAAGGGCUUCGGCAACCCAUCGAAGAUGGGCCUAGCUAUGGCUGCAGCCGACAAAGCCUGCAGAUCUGCUUUCAGACUCCAUUUUGGAGUCGGCCAUGUGAAUGAACCACCACUGCCAUCUGUCUCAUUCAAGCUCGAAGUGCUCGAAGACUUCCUCACUGCAGAAACCAGGUCACCGAUGUCCGCAGGAUCUCCUCCUGCACCAGCUGGUUUAUUAGGGCUCAAACUGCCUGCUGCUGCUGCUGCCUCGAGUUCUGCUAUCAAAGCACUCCGGCUUGCUGAUUUGGCUCUUAAUGCUAACCCUUUACCUCCAGCUUUUCCUGCUGAUACUGAAGCGCUACCAUUGCUGUUCUCUUCCCUCAUCAGCAUGUUUGGGAAGUCAGCUUCCGAUUUCUGCCGUCUUCUUACCAUGGAGUCACCAUCUGCAGCAUUGCUCUCAUCAAGUAAAACAUUGACAUAGCUCCUGGAUUUCCGGUGAUGGGUUAAAGGAGGGUUGGUGUCUGGAGAGACUCUGAGAUCAGCAGGAGAAGGAAGACCAUAGUAACCAUGUAAAGACGUCAUUGCAGGAGAGGCCUUUCGUCCAGAAGAAGACUUUGGCCUCAGGGUUUGAAAUGAAUCGAGGAGAUCCGUGUAUCCACGAUCGAGUGGCGAGUGGUCCAAGUUGCUCCCCCUAGAGUUCUCAGCACCACUUGAUAAACAUGGGGAUGGAGGGUGUCUCCCAGGUAGAGGAAUUCGGAGUGUUUUCAGGGCAAACAUUUGAUGAUCUGUAACCAGGCCAUUCUUCUUUUUUAUGUCGGCCACCUCAACGCCAUACUUGAUGGCAACGCCGGCGAGGGUAUCGAACUUUGAAACCGGAUGCUCAAUGAAACCACGGGAGACAGGCGACGUCGUCGGCGAGGAGUUGGUGGAGGUGCCCCCGCCGCUGGAGGGCUUGAAUGGAGUAGUAGAACCAUUUGCAUUGUUGAAAAAAUUGUGACUGUAAUUAUCGAAUCCUCCUAAAUCAUCAUCAGCGUUCUGCAGCUGCCUAUCAUAAUCAUUGCUAAACUGACUGUAUCUAUGAUUACAAUUACUCAUCAUGAUUUCCUUCGUACCCUCCCUCUCCAUCUGCUGCGUCCCCAAUCCAACAUAAAGAGACACACAGAAAACCCCUCCCCAACUAUGAACACCAAACAACAAAACCAAAAAGAACCCUUUUUUAUCCGAAACUCAGCAACCCAUAACAGCCAAGAAAACGAAGAUGGCGGAUUUUUUCCCCUUCGGUUUCUCGGGUAAGUGAUCCCAAUUGGGGAGCACCCAGAUUUCCCCUCAACUCGCCCACAAACGAGACAGAUCAAGUGGGGUGUCGCAAUGCGGAUUCGAGCGGCGGAGUCCUCCGAAUCAAGAGAUCGGCCCGAAACCGACCACGGGAAUCGCGAUUAUGCAACAGCUGGAAGUCGGUGGAGAAAAUCGCGUGAAACAAACAGAAAGAGGGAGAGAGAAAAUUAGAGGAAUAACGACAAAUUGAAUAGAAGGAAGGAAUAGGAAAACCAUUCAAUCAAACCAAACAAACAACAAAGAGGGAUGAAGGGGAAGGAAAGAAUGCAGAAAUCUGAAGAUCCAGAACCAAAUAGCGGAAAGAAGAUUGAAAAUUGGGUGGGGGAAGGGGGAGAUGGAAGAAGAAAGGAGAGGAGAGAGUAUCUGCUCUGGUUUUCCCCCUUAUUUUCUUUCUUCCCCGAACCAAAUUUUCCGGGAAAAGGAAAACAAAUCCCUCUCUCACUCUUUGCUUCUCGCUGCA